CCCAAAAAGCAACUUUUUCAUCCCAGAAAGAGGGAGAUCUCUUAGGAAACAUGGAGCUGCUGUGCUGCGAGGUGGAUCCCAUGAGGAGGGCUCUCCCUGACCCCAACUUGCUCUACGACGACCGCGUUUUGCACAAUCUACUCACCGUGGAGGAGAGGUAUCUGCCCCAGUGCUCCUACUUCAAGUGCGUGCAGAAGGACAUCCAGCCCUUCAUGCGGAGGAUGGUGGCCACUUGGAUGCUGGAGGUCUGUGAAGAGCAGAAGUGUGAAGAAGAGGUUUUCCCCCUGGCCAUGAAUUACUUGGACCGAUUUUUAGCUGUGGUGCCCACCAGAAAGUGCCAUCUGCAGCUGCUGGGGGCUGUCUGCAUGUUCCUGGCCUCCAAGCUGAAAGAAACCAUCCCCCUCACUGCAGAGAAGCUUUGCAUAUACACGGACAAUUCCAUCAAGCCCCAGGAGCUGCUGGAAUGGGAGCUGGUGGUGUUGGGCAAGUUGAAGUGGAACAUUGCAGCGGUGACUCCACAUGAUUUCAUUGAACAUAUUCUAAGGAAGCUGCCUCUACCUAAAGACAAGUUGCUUUUGAUCCGGAAACAUGCACAAACAUUUAUUGCCCUUUGUGCUACAGAUUUUAACUUUGCCAUGUAUCCACCAUCAAUGAUAGCAACUGGAAGUGUGGGAGCAGCCAUUUGUGGCCUUCAGCUUGAUGAUGGGGAACAUUCCCUCUGUGGUGACAGUCUAACAGAACUCCUGGCCAAGAUCACAAACACAGAUGUGGACUGCCUUAAAGCUUGUCAAGAACAAAUCGAGUCAGUGCUAGUAAGCAACCUUAGGCAAGUCCGGCAGCAGCAACAGCAAAGCAAUCCCUCUAAGACAGUGGAUGAACUGGACCAGGCCAGCACUCCUACAGAUGUGAGAGACAUCAACCUGUGAGGACGUCAGCACAAAAAGUCAUGCUUGUUCCUUCCCCUUUCCUCACCCCCUCUUUUUGUGUGUUUUUUUAUUAAAUCUUUUUUUAUCUGCUCCCACAUAGAAUGUAUUUAAAGCUCUUUUAGAUACAACAAAAAACUGAAUAAUUAAAAAAAAAAGCAUUUGGUGCCUGUGAUGUUCUACAGAAGGGAAUCCCACAAUAUAUUUGAUAAUUGCUCUUUGAUUAUGUAUCAAUGAUAUUAAAUGCUUAUAAAAGCAUAAAGAAGUAGCCAGAUAAAUGUAAGCCUGCAUUUGUGGGAACAAAGUAGAGUAUACUUUUUGUGUAUUAUGACCUAGAGCAUACACCCCCCUUUUUUAGAUUUAAGAAAGGAUUUGUGUGUGCGGUUUUAUGGCUUAACUAGAUUGCAAAGCAAUAGAUUAAGGAGUUAAGGCAAAGUGGGAAAGAUCCCUGAAGCGGUUGAACCAUAAUGAAAUGCAAAAGAGAUUUGCUGAUUUGUCACCUCUGUUAUUAGUCAGAAGUGUUUGUUGGAUCUCUGUAUGUUAGUUGUGUUUACUCUUGCUGUCUGUGGUAGCUGCUACCUAAGAAAGAAGAUGCUUUAUUUUGCCAGCCGGAAGAGCAGGUGUUUUCUUUUUUUCUUUUUCUUUUUUUCCCUUCCCAUCGCUUCCUAUUUUUCCUCCAGAAGUGGCUUGUUUUAAACACAGCGGCAUCUUUGGCAUAAAAAGGUGAUCCUGCUUAUCCAACUGUGGGCCAAGCCAAAGUACUGAAUGUUCACAUUAGAUGGGGGAAAUACACUGAUUAAAAACAACCAGUCAAACCGCCUCUGAACAUUGGAUUCCAAGAUGCAGUGGAUCAUCUGAGAAAGCAUUACAUUCAUUCACAACGCUAAUGCUAUACAUCAAGGGUAACUUUUGGCAGCUCCUUAGCUUGGCGUAAAGGCAAUUAAAUGAUGCUCUGCCCAUCUUCCUUUUUAACAUGUCCUCGCUGUGUUAAAGAAGAUGAGAUUUUGUUUGAAUCCUUCCCUGUCUUCCCCUCUCCCCUUGAAAAAGAAAUGACAUUUUCCAACAUUGUAUUAACGUACUGGUCCACAGUUAGCAUUAUUGUAAACCAUUUCAUUCGAAAAGCACUUUGAAAAUUGUUCCUAAGGGAUAAAUGAGAUGGUUUAUGACAGUUGUGCUGAACAAAAAAAAGAGAGAGAGAGAGAGAAAAUAAAAAACCCACAAAAGUGAAGCUUAUAGAGCUUUUGAUAGUCGAUGUUUUCCAGUAUCUGGUGUACUUCAUUAGUUAGGGUGUUGCUGGAAAUUCCAACACCUGCUUCGGAUGACAUUCCUGUCAUGACAUUCCGGAUGAAAGUCUGAUAAUUCUUUGUAUUGUCUGAUGUCACAGAAGGAUCUUAAUACCACCUGCAUGUUUAUCUAUGGACAAUGAAAGAAAAUUGCUGGUGCAUAAGACAAAUGGUAACUAUCAAGAUGUCUGAUUAUGAAUUUUAUUACAAAGGUGUAUUCAGUGUACUUGAAUUUAUUUUUCCUGCUCCAUCUGUUUAGAAGAGGCAUUUAGAUGGUAAAGGAGUUGGGGCAACUUUUUUUUUUUUUGCACAAUUGUAUUAACAGUUUGCAAAUAGACAGUAUGAAGCUGUUGGUUGAAAUGUUCAUGUUUGCAUUUUUAAGAUAAAAAUCCAGAAAGAACAUGCUACUUUGAAGAAUAUUUUAUGAAUGGACACUGCCAUACUUGGCUAGAUGAGGGUAGAAAAUGGAAUAAGAAUCUAAGGGGUUUUUUUGGUUUCUUUUUUCGCUGCUAAGAAGCUAUGAUUUGUUUCAUUCUUAUUCACAUUAACAGUACUUAGCUGUAUUGUUUCACUGAGUGUGCUGCUAUUUUAUAAACAUUUUUAUAAUAUAUUAUUUUACUGCUUAAAUUUCAAAUCCUGAAGUAGAUGGUUAAGUGGAGAUAUGAUGAGUUCUUUGAUUUACUGGAAAUGCCCUGUACAGUUUGUUUUGUUUUUUUUUUCUAAUAGCGUGUUCAUGAUUUUUUUUUAUUUUAUUUUUCCUGAUCACAUCCUGCAAAGACGGUAUAUUUACCUCAGGUUUACUGGACAAAAAAUGGUUCCCAUUUUCACAAUACCUCACAAUUUACAGUUUUCCUUCUGCUGGGAGCCUCAUGGAAUGGUCAGUGCAAAAGGCAGCUGAAGCCUGUGUUUUUUUGGACAAAGCAUAGUUACUUCAGUUGUGUUGGGGAACAAUUGCAGAGUGCUGGGGCAUCGGCUCCCUAUCGGUCUUAGGUAUCCUUUUCAUAGUGGAAAAAAUACAUUAACUUGAGGACCUGUUCAGCAAAGACUUCCCCCUUUAAGCCUCAAUCCUGGAAGUGCUUGUGACCCGAUUCUCCCCUGCUGUCAUCUGUACUUGAGCAAAAUGAGUAUCAAGUGUUACAUCUGCACAAGUGGAAAAAAUGGAGUUGGUAGCAUCAGACAUCCACUUUUGCCCAGGUGCAAAUGACUGUUCAAAUGCACUAGCCAGUGGGAAAUAGUACCUUUUGCCUGGUGUGAUUUUUAUCACAAUAAGUUGUCCCAUGGAGCUGGAUUGUGACUGGCAGCCUGUCUGCAUUGUUACACUGCCCCAGGAGCAGCAUCCUCAGAGCCACGGUUCUCCUCCUGGUCUCCUCUGUUCUGCAGAAAAAGUCUAAACUGCGUCAGGUCUGUAUGCAGUGCACUGCACAGCUCCUGAUGCACCAGUGCAGCUACCCUGAUAACCAUAUUGGGAUGGUGAAGCUAAGUCUCUGCCCCUUCCCAGCCACCUGUGCAGAGAGGGGAUGUAGCAGGUCUGGUGCCUGCUUCCCCAUCCACAGUAUUAUCCCUCAUACUCAUAAUUAGCUAGGUUAUAUUUGAGCCCUUGGAAAUCAUUAUGCCUAAUCAUAACUAGGGACCUACCUAAAUCAUGGCAGAAGUUCACAGCAUAGUGGUACCUUUAAUUUCACUUUUCUUUUUGCCAUACCCCUCCUGCUCCCCUGAUGCUGAGGUGCCGAGAGGCAAUUAAUGGCGUGAUUUUUGCCUCUCAGCCACUGGGGGGGGACACAUCAAAAAGAAUGAGAUUAAAGGUGCUGCUGCACUGCGAAUUUCCACCAUGUUUUAGGUAAGUCCCUACUCACUCAUAGCAGUGCAACCAUUCAGUAGCAUAAUCGGGCCUUUAAUUUGCAGUGGGUUUGGAACAGCCUAGUCCUGCAGUCAUCAGAGAGGGUUUUCCCUGAGUAUAGGUGACGGGAUUAGGCCCAGUAGUCUUCUCUUAGGGGCUGAGUGUCAGAAAAUAAAACAAAUGGUCUAAUAUUGCCAAGCUGUUCAAGUCCCAGAUUUUACAUGCUUUCAACACUGUACAUUGUAAUAAAAGACAGUUUAUUGGAGCUAUGGCAAAUAGUCUCACUGCAACUUGAAAACAAACCUAGGUCGCAUUCCCACACGUUCUUUCAGUGGCACUCCAUGUGACUGUAGAUGGCUUUGCCAUGGGAAGGAGUUUGCAAUAUCAGGGUCUGAGAGACAUGAGAUAGUCCAGUUUUGCAAGAAAAUCAAAAACCCGUAGCAUGUUACAUUUUUUGGCAGAAAAAUAGAGGGUUAUUUUUAAGGGAGGACUGGAUUUUUUGCUCCAUGGUGUUUGUUUAGUUGUGAACAAAAUCCUUGCCAUUUUCAGAACUGUAACUUGUACAUUUUGUUACUGCAAAGAUGAUUUUUCACAUUAAAAACUGGUGAAACUCAGAAAUUCAGUCUGCUCUGAUGCAAAAUAAUCACAUUGUAAACAAAUUAUGAAAAGUAAGAUUCUGGAACCACAAAAUAGCUCAUAUCUGCACAGCCCUGCUACUUAUAAGAACUUAAAAUGGUACAUAUUGUAUUUCAUAUGAAAGUAUAUCAUGGUAAUUUGUAAACUGUGGACCGCAUUCUGUCCUGACUUGUACUCUUUAAAACUCCAUUGAUUUUAAUUGAGCUGUACACUGUAAGUCAGCACAGCAUUUGGCCACGUGUGCUUAUAGGGAUCACUUCAUUUGCUUCUGGCCUGGAACAUGGCAGUCGUUGUGUGUCAACACCACUAAACAACUGCCUGUAAAAUAGAAACUAUAGGGAGAAUGUAGGUCAGCAGAAUGGAACAUAAUUACCCACCAUGGCAUUUGGCCAGGACAGCAAGGAUAAUUGGGAAAAGUGUCAUGGGAUCCUUAAUAGCCACAGUGAUCAAGCCCCUGAUUUUUCAUUUCAAAAGACAGCACUUUUUGGAGCAUAGCUCGUCUUACCAUCAUGCAAGGCAUGGUUCCACUAUGGACUCAGAGGGAUGAAUGCUGUCUGCCAAAUGUAAUUAACACAACUUCUGGUGUUUAUAAUUUCUUUGGGGGUACAUCCUCAAGACCCUUCUUGUACAGACAGAUCUGUGCAGCCAGCUCCUGCCACCCAUGCCUAGCUGUAUAAAUUUCAGUGGAAGGCACAGGGGUAUGUUUUAUGCAGAUCUGAGCACAUAGGCAGGCUGAAACCAUGACAUUCAUUACACCAGAGGGCUAGGUUCCAUUCUGGACCCCUGCACACAGUGCAGGAGGCUUCCUUUUAUCUCUAAACACACCAGCUUUGAGAGAAUUCUCCAAGUGG